GGUUCGAUUCGUCAAGAUAUCUAAACUUACGCAUGUCUUGAGAUUUGGUGGGCGGCUCCGCUCUGCCUGUUUUUGUCGCUCCGACGAGAUCGGCCUCCCGUGGCGAUGCCGUGGGCAUCGGGCGACGCCAUCCCUUUCCGCAGAUCAACGGAACCCCGAUGUUUAUAAUUGCACUGGAGCCAUCCCCUCCCGCCCUAUUCUUAUCAUCCUCGUCGCCGGAGGAAACCAUGCAAUCGCUUCUACCCAAUGGCAUCUCAAUCGCGCGGAUCAUCUGCUGUCGCUCGCCGCUCUGUUUCUCAGCCUUCCAUUCCACUCCCGUCGCCGCUGCCAAACGGAAGUCUAAAUGGGAUUGUAAGGCUGACAAAUAUGGGCCCAAGCCAUCAAAGUCAUAUAUCAGAUAUGCUGUUCGCCAAAAGCGUGCUGAAAUAAAGAAAGCUCUUAAAGUUUAUCUCUUUUAUGGAAAAACAUCCAAGCUGAACUUUCAGGAUGAAAGCUUCCGUGAUUUUAUAGGUGGAGCUAGAGAAACUUUUAACACUGAAAACGGUGCUUAUGAUUUUGAUGCCACUUCAACAUCUGGAAGUGGAAGAAAAGUCAACUUUCACAGUUCGUCAUGCAGUGGGAAAUGCAAGCAUGGAAGGAGCAAAGGCAGACAGAAGGGUUUUUAUGAUGAACACUAUCAUGAACAUUCUGAGACAAUCUACGAAGCUGACUUUGGUCAAUUCAGAGGUUUUAGCUGGUCACAGGAGGCAUGGGAAAAUUUUCAUUUUAAUAAAUCAGGGAAGCAAUUUGAAUGGAAGGAUGAAUCCAAGCGGGAGAGAACUAGGAGUGCAUGGAGUGGAAGUGAUGAUGACGAUGAGUCAACUGAUGUAGGCUUACACUUGCAUAGGGUUACUCUUGGGUUACCACCAACUGGCCCAUUGAAGUUAGUUGAUGUCAAAAGCGCUUUUAGGGUUUCAGCUCUGAAGUGGCAUCCUGACAAGCAUCAAGGCCCUUCACAGGCUAAAGCAGCUGAGAAAUUCAAGCUGUGUGUAGACGCAUACAAUUAUCUGUGCAGCGUCCUCAAGGCCACUUGAGCUGGGACGACAUUGGAUUUAUUUAUGAUUCGACUCAGAUGGAGUUGGAGCAUCAUGAUUAAACUUCAUUUUUUUCGCCUUAAAUAGUGAUUCUUUUUCAUAAGCUGUAACUUAAAUUCGUGCCCAAUGAAUAUCUAUAACCCUUGUUUUCUGCCCAAGAAUCACAACCUAACCUUCUCAAAGUUCUGAAAUACUUUUUUUUUUUGAUAUUAGGUAGAUGAUCGAACCCCUUGUUUCGUCUAUCAGGUAAGUCCCAAACACAACUUAUGCAUAUUUAGAAGUUGGCUUUUAGAAUAUUUGUCUCUAUUGAGAUUCGAAUAUUAGUUCUCUAAGUUGUUCCUCCGAGUGUUUUACCACUGAUCCACAUUCUUGGGGGCUUUAGAAUGCUUCAUUGUCUUACUGUUUCAGCACAAAUUUCAGGUAUGAUGAUCCUGUUGUGAGCUUGUCCAUUGUUUGCUGCAAUGUCGUAGUAUGUGGCCUUGUUAGUAUACCUCGAUUGAUCAAAGAAAAUGAAUGCUUGGAGAUGUCUUGGAUGUCCUAAGUGAUGUGUUUUUGCUUGGUAAUUAUAGAACAAAAUUGAUUGCAUCAGUCAACU